AUGGUUAGUGAUUAUAAAGGGAAAUUAUACCUAAAGGAGAAAAUACUUGAGUAUUUAUUAGCUUUAGCUCGUACCAAGAAAGAAACUAGUUUGGAAAGUGAUACAACCAAGCCAGCUAAAAAUGAUAUGGCUCACAUCAAAGGUCUUCAAGAUCUCGUUGAUUUAAAAAUCUCAUGGGAUCCACUUACUUCUCAAAUUGAAUGUCCAGUUACCGGAACUACAAAUAAGAGUUUAUGCUAUUUACGAUCUUGUGGGUGUGUUAUGUCAUAUGCGUUUAUAAAUGAACUUUCAAACAAGAAUUCCGUACCUACUUUUCCUUGUCCCCUUUGUGAGAAACCUUUCAAUCGAGAGUACGAUAUGGUAGUGCUAAAUCCACUAAGCGAUACUCACUUAAUGGGAGUAAACAACGAUAGCUACGAGAAACUCAAAGCACAACAUCUUUCUCACUCUAAGCGAUCUUUGAAGAAGUCAAAGAAAACAAAAUCAAAAAUAGGUUCAGGGGCUCAAGAAUCGUUAGACACUAAAAAGCGAAGUAGCAGUGAGUCAUGUGCUUCUACAACUAAAAAGCAAAGAGUAUAA